AUGUUAUUUGUAUUUAUAACACGAAUUAUGCAAGUUGUUGUACAGUCAGUCUUUAUACUCUUGUCAAGGAGACUGCGCGCGUUAUCUCCCAAAACUCGUAGAGAAAAACCUGGAAAACAAUUUGUUACAUUUUUGCUUAUUUCUAAUGUGUCGUUAUUCUUUUUUCAUACUCUUGAAGGGAUGAAAUCUGUUUUUGGCGACACAAUUGCUACGAGACGGGCUAGACCCUAUGCAAAGCUUAUUGGUAUUCUACACAAUUUUUUUAUUUAUGUUUGCCUGGCCGAAAUAUGGAAAUAUAGCUAUAAUAACAAAAAUAAUACUUUUGAAGAUAAAAAUAAAUUUAAAUAUUUUUCUGAAUUAAAAAAGAAUUCAAAUUCAGAUAUUUCAGAUGUCAAUAUUUCUAUUAAAUCGUCAUCUCCCUCAACUUCCUCUUCUUUUUCUUCUUCUGUUUUAUCUUCAAUAUUAAAUUAA